AUGGGAUGCUGCGGGGAUGCGAGGAUCGAACAGGAGCUGGGUCCAGGUGAGAAGAAAGGAGAGCCGGGAGAACUGGACGAUGGCCCGAGGCGAGAACGGAGUUGCAGGGAUGUCCCUUGCCUCCUUCUCUUUGCCGUCUUGGCUGCGCUCGCGGUCGUGGCGCUCGGGUUCGGAGGCUACUACCAGAAGUUGGGCCUCCUCGUUCACGGCUACGACAGCUACGGAGACAUCUGCGGGCAGGUGAACGAUCGGGUCGCGGGCGUCAAGGAGAGCGGCAAGAACCUCACGCUCUUUCCGAAGUUGGCUCGGUGUUCUCUCGGAAACGCGACUUUGGAAAAGCAAGGUCCUUGCUCCGUCAGAAAAUGCGUGGAUUCCUGUCGACCCCCCUACGACGUGGAAUUGAUCAACAAGUGCCUGUACAACGUCUCUUCUGCAUCGUCGGCGUUGAAAUUGGAUCCUUCCGUCCGAGUCUCUUAUUAUCUGGGGGAAAACUUCGUGGAGCAAGUGAUAAGCGACCUGGAGAAGAUGUGGAUCGUGAUCCUCUUCAUGGCCCUCAUCGCUCUCGGGGUGGCGAUGGUGAUCCUCGUCCUCAUCCGUUUCUUGACCUACUUGAUCGUGUGGCUGUCGAUCGGGAUCGUCGUGGCGGCUGGCCUCGGAGGCUCCUUCUAUCUCUGGAUCAUGUGGGUUCACGACAAGAACGCCCUGACGACGAAAACGACCGCGGACGUGAGCGAAUCCCGGCUGCAACUCUACUUCGGAACUGCCAUCGCCACCAGCGUCGUCACGGUAAUUCCAUCGUCGUGGUCGCAGUCGUUCCCGUUCCCGUUCCCGUUCCCGUUCGUGCGAGCCGAAUCGCGCGGGGACUUUUCGUCGCUCGGGCGAGAUGGGAACACGGUGAUACUCAUCCUGGUGGUGAUUUUCCUACGGAAGCGGAUCUCCCUGGCGGCGACGCUGUUUCAAGAAGGGGGGAAGACCCUGCAGACCAUGCCCUCUCUCCUCUUUCAGCCUCUCUGGGUCAGAACUUUUACGAUGCAGGGGUUGGGGGGAAUGUCUCAUUUAGAUUCGUCGUCGUCGAUCAUCGGGUCCUUCUUUUCUCACCGCGAGAAGACGUUCUUGGCGGUGGCGAUCGGAGGGGUUCUGUGGAUUCUCGGAACCCUGCUUCUCCACUCGGCGUCCUUCCCGGUCGUGAAGGCGCCGGACCAGGUCACGUACGAGCUGCACGUCGCCUUUCAGGUGAUGAAGGUUUUCCUCUUCGUCAUGUUCCUCUGGUUUUCUCAAUUCUUGAUCGCCUGCCAGCACUGCACCAUCGCUGGAGCCGUCGCCAAGUGGUUCUUCACGAGGGACAAGUCGGAAGGGAUGGGGAUCCCGGUGCUGUCGAGCAUGAGGCGGUUGGCGAGGUACCACUUGGGCUCGGCGGCGUUCGGCAGCGCCAUCAUCGCCGCGUUCUCGCUCGUCAGGAUCGUGCUGACUCGGGUCCUUCCGAGGUCGGAGGCUCUGAGGUGCUGCAGCUGCGUCGCCGCUUGCUUUCAUCGCUUCCUCAAGUUUCUCAACAGGAACGCGUACAUCGAGAUCGCCAUCUAUGGGGAAUCGUUUUGCAAUGCGGCUCGAGACGCUUUUCGAACUCUGGCGAGCAACGCUCUGCGGUUGGCGGCCGUCACUUUCAUCGGGGAUUUUCUUCUCUUUCUCAUCAAAGUGGCAAUCGUCACUUGUACGGUUUUCUCGGGCAUGGAAAUCGGCAAAAGAUUUGCGGCAGACGUGGUGUAUUUCUGGAUCCCGAUAGCGAUCGGCGGAGCGAUCGCCUUCCUGAUCGCCCACGCAUUCGUCAGCAUCUACGAGAUGGUGGUGGACACGCUGUUUCUAUGCUUCUGUGAGGAUUGCGAGAGGAACGACGGAAGCGAGGAGAGACCGUACUACAUGAGCCCCAACCUCAUGGAAUGCCGCCGUCUGGGCGCACGCACCUCCAUGGAUGCACACUUGGUUGUCGGACAUUGCGCAAUAAAUGUUGAAUCCGAGCUGCUCCUGGUCGUCGAACUUCUCGAUGGAAAUGCCUACUUCAAGAUCUGCGAUCGGUUGCCUGGAAGGCUUCGGAGGCUGCCUCCAUCCCUAUCCCGACUCCACGUCGACAAGAAUCGGAUUCGAGAUUGGCUCCCACCCGAUCGAAUCCGCCGCUAUGACUUUUCUUUCCCUGGCGUGAAAUAG